GGUUAUAGGGGAUAUCAACCGGAAGUGCAGCAGGUGCUAUGGUGCCUAACAACCAGGACGCAAUGAGAUAAAAAUUAUGUGAUCCAUUUUACUUUCCCCCAUUGUGUCUCGUCUUUAUUAAUGUAGUUUUGAGUAAAUAUGUCUGUCCACGAUCACAAGUCUGAUGUAGAUCCAUUUAUGUGUACUUGUGGGCCUUGUAAGAAAUUUUGGAAGGACAAUUUCAAUGAUGCCUCAGACUUGCUUCGUGAAUCCUCAUUAAGCAGAGCACAGAACACAGCACCUGUGUCCUCAAAAUCUAGCAUUGUAAAAGUGGGAGACAGGGUGGAAGUCUACGGCAAAUAUCCUGCUGUUGACCUCUGUAAAAUCUAUGCUGAAUCAGAGGUCUGUAAAAAAACUUCGGGUACAGUAAAGUUUGUUGGGGUUAUUGAUGACAAUGCCAUCGCCCCAAACCUAUAUGUGGGAGUCAAGUUGGAUGAAAAUGUGAAUUCUGUGCACAAUGGUUUAUAUAAGGGUAAGCGGUAUUUCCACUGUACCCCAGGACAUGGUGCUAUGGUUAAGUACACAGAGGUCAAACCCCUGAAACCUCCCAGCAAAACUCCCCCAAUCAAAAAUAACUACAUGUUCCCCAGCUGGGACGAGGUCAAAAAACGGAGGAAGGAGAGGAAUGAGAAACUUGCUGAGAUUUAUGCCAAAGCCGGGGUAUCACCCACUCCCUCCUUGUUCAGUGAGACCUCCAUGCAUAGUUUAAAGACGGAACCCAUCAUCAACAUCAAUGAUCCAAAUGAUAUUGCCAUAAAGGAUCAAGAAAGAAAACGCCGAGCUGAACUCCGCAAGCAGAAAGUUCAGGAAGAGGAUCAUGAGAAAAAUGAGCUUCGUCGAUUACGACAACAGUUUGGUGGUGGACAGGAUGCCGACCGAAUGGCACACACAUUACUCAAGCUCCAGCGAGCCUACCAGGAAGGCCUGCAACUGACUAAUCGUAGAGGGACUCAUCACGACCUCCACAACUCGGAAGAUGAUUACUAAUUCUAAUUAUUUAUUAAUAGUAAUUUAAUUUUUUAUUUG